AUGAGUGACGAACCGAAAGCUCAACAAAACGUUUUAAUAAUUUAUUUUACACGGGAUGGUCAUUCCGAGAAAAUAGCACAAGAUCUUCAUGCUGCUAUUCCUUCUGACAUUAUUAAAGUCCAAGAAAAGGAAGAAAUGAACCGAGGAGGGGUGAUGAACUAUUUAUAUAGUUUCAAUGAGUCAUACUUUGGCUCAGACAACUCUUCCCUUCUUAAGACUGAAAAUUUGACAAAUACCGAACACUACAAAUCUUUUAUAUUUAUUGGUCCUGUUUGGUGGUGGGGUAUCAAUGGGCCUUUAAAAAACGCUUGUAAGGAGAUUUUAAAGACUGUGACUCCUUCACAACACGUCUUCUUAGCUUUAAGUUUCAGAGGAAAAAUGAACCCCGGAGACAAAGGCAGUUUCGAUGAAUUCAAAAAACUAUUCACAUCAAAAGCAAUAGUCCACGACAAUUAUUUACGAUGCCAAGAAGAUGACUACGCUUCCGGCGCUGUCAAAGAACAAUUCGACGCCUUUGUUGUGGAGAUUAAAAAGGCUUUAGAAUAA